CGGCUGUGGGGCUCCUUCAGUCCUCCAGGUGGCGCUCUAUGGAGAAGGGGAGGCUCCAAUGGGGACCAAAGAGUUCCAGUGUGGAGGCCAUGAGUCUGCUCUCCUGGACUGUAGCUCAGCCUCAGAGAGAAACACCUGCUCACCUGGCACAGCUGUUAGCCUCACCUGCUCAGAGCCGGUCAGACUGGUGGGAGGAGAGAGUCGCUGUGAAGGAGACCUGGAGGUGAAACAUCAGGGAGAAUGGAGACCAGUGGUGAGCUCUUCUUCUCCCUGGACCCUGAAGGAAGCAGCAGUCGCCUGCAAAGAGCUCGACUGUGGCUCUGCUUUUCCUGUGGGAGGGAGAAAGGAGUCCUCAGAGAGAGAUGUGUGGGGGAUCAGCUCUGACUGUCUUCAGUCUGGAUCUCUGACGGAGUGCGCAGAAUCAGAUUCCUCUCCCUACGUCGUGCGUCUAAACUGUGCAGACCUGCUGCUUCAGCCCAGCAUCUCUGUGUCCUCCUCCAUGUACGGGGUCUCCGGGGCCCAGCAGCAGGGGUUCCAGGUGUUCAGAGGCUUCAGCAUCAGUUGCUCCAUCCAGCCUCAGUACCCAGGAGGCUCUUUCCUGCUCAGGUCCUCCACUCACAACUACACCCAGCCAGCUGUCAAUCACAGCGCCCACUUCCUGUUCCCGGCUGCAGAGCCCGCCCACCAGGGAAACUACAGCUGUAUUUAUCACGUGUUGGUUCGCUCUCAUAGCUUGUCCUCUGAGAGCCGUCUGCUGUCUGUCACUGUCUCAGGUGAGCUCAGUGUUCACAGGAAGAGGAUCAUGUCUGUGUCUCACCUGUAA